CUCCGCCUUCACUUCAUGGACUCGUCCCUUAAAGCAACCAAACCCCCCUUCAUUCUUUACUCUUCGUAACAUUAAGCGUCUAUAGCGCGAUUUAAGAAGGAAUGUUGAACUACGGCCACGCGCUUCACCACGUGGUCUCCCCUCCUUCCCAACCACUUCACCACUUCCUAUAGAAAUGCCCCACGCCCUCAUUCUCACCCUCGCUUAAAUUCAACUACAACAACCUAACUCCAACCACCUCUACGCUACAGCGCCUCAAUCAACCAACAUGAAACUGCUCAGUGUCCUUGCUUUCACCAUGGGCGUGUUGACGGCAGUCCUCGGUGGCCCCUCGCCAUCCCCUCAAAUCAUGCCCCCGCCACCACUCAUCAUCCCUAGCCAAUACUAUCUGCGAGCCAACGCCCCGAACACCCCAUUCCACAAUCGCCCAGUUGUCCGGUUCCCACAAUCCCACAUGCUCGGCCUCGAGAAUUUCACUGUCCAUCCCGCCACUACUCCUGUCUAUUUCCUCCCGAUCCCAAUCCCUGGCAAAGAGACAUUUGCGAUGCAAGUUCCGUAUUCCGGUGACGAUAUGUCAGAGACGCCGUAUGUCACCGCUAUCGUAAGUAAGGGAUCGCAUACAGCUAGCAUGAAGAUCCUCAGUAUGCCGGAUCCGACUGCGACAUCUACCAAGGAUGGCUGUCCCGGGGUAGAGGUAACGUGCGUGGCGGAUCAAUGGAGUGUUAGUGGGGGACAUCCAGGAGUGGCGAUGAAGGGGUUGAAGUAUGAGGGUUGGAAGGGAGGCUGGAGUGUGGUGAAAGACGCUGGGACUGAGGGAUGGCAUAUAUAUUGGGUGGCUAAAGGAGAGGCGGCGAAGGCGAAGAGGCAAUUUGGGAUGGCGAGUGUGCAUGACGUUGAUGUUGAUGUCGUGCCAGUGGAGGCGGAGGGCGAGAAUUGAUGGAAGCGCCUGCAUUUUGAUGACAAAUAUCUUCACUUCACCAUGCUCGAAGAUGAUGCGUUCAAGAGGUGGAUGACUUAUCUUCACAGUGCCUGGAGUCUCGGAACUCAGCAUCCACUGGGAUGGCCCGCCUAAAUCAGGAAGGAUAAAGGAACGUACCUAC